AUGUAUAUAUAUUAUCGAUGGCAUUUUGCAAAUGGUCAUGCAGAGCGCCGCUUGCAUGAUUGGAGUAUUGAAUAUUUUGUGGACAUGUUUUGUGGAGGUGAGAUUAAUUUCGGGCCUUAUUGGGACCAUGUUUUAGGGUUUUGGAAAGAAAGCUUGGAGAGACCAGAGAAAGUGUUGUUUUUGAAAUACGAAGACCUAAAAAAGGACAGUGUUGGUCAACUUAAAAAGAUAGCGAAGUUCGUAGGACUGCCUUUCUCCCAAGAGGAAGAGAAUUAUGGUGUUGUUGAGCAAAUAUUGGAGAUGUGUAGUUUGAGUAAAUUGAAGAAUUUGGAUGUGAAUAAGUAUGGUGAAGUAAGGCCAAACGUUCAUAAUAAAAUUUUCUUUAGAAAAGGUCAAGUUGGUGAUUGGAUUAAUCAUCUUACUCCAUCUAUGGUAGAGCGUGUGAACAUGAUAAUCAAGCAAAAAUUUAGUGGUUCAGGUCUAUCCUUUUCUACCUUAAAUUAA